AUGAAUGGAGUUGUAGAAGCCGUCAACAAGAACAUAAAGAAGAUUUUGAGGAAAAUGACUGAUAAUCGCAGAGGUUGGCAUGAGAUGCUGCCGUAUGAUUUGUUGGGUUACCGAACGACUGUCAGGACAUUAGUUGGAGCUACUUCAUAUUUGCUAGUAGAUGGAACAGAAGCAAUUAUACUUGCAGAAGUUGAAAUACCUACAUUGAGAAUCAUCCAAGAGGCUGAAUUGAGUGAUGCUAAUUGGGUUCGUAAGCGUAUUGAUCAGUUACCAUUGAUUGAUGAGAAGAGAAUGGAUGAGUAUAAAAGGAAAUUUGCACCAAAUUGGCAAGGACCCUACAUGGUUCGCAAAGUGUUAUCCGAAGGUGUCUUAGUCCUGUCGGAGAUAGAUGGCACCGAAUUGCCAAAACCGAUCAACUCAGAUGCUGUUAAGAGAUACUAUGUGUGA